GUUAGCCUUCAUCUCUGAAUUCGAAGCCCAUGUCGGCACUGAUCGAAGAGGCCAGCAGCAGCCUCUCUCCUGAGGAUGCGCUGAAGAACUUCUGUGUUUUGCAACGCAUCCUUUCAAAUGUCAUUGCAAACCCUGGGGAGGGCAAGUACAGGACCUUGAACAAGAGCAAGUUGGAAGGGAAGCUGUCUCCCAUUGGACUUCAGAUUUUACAGGCUCUGGGCUUUGCAGAUAUGGGCGAGGCUUUGGUACUGUCAUCACGGGAUCCAGGAGAAGAUUUUCUUCAAGCCAAGGAACUGUUGGACUGUCUGACAAUGUCAGCUGAUGGUGAAGCGGGUGAUGUUGCAGUAGAUGCAGAGGAUGCAGAGCUAGCAGAAGCGUUGCGUCUCUCCAUGGACGAUGGGGUCGAUGCUGCCCCAACCAAGCGAGCACGGCCCAGCGAAGAAGAAGAGCGCGCCCUGGCUGAGCGUUUGGAAAGAGACGAGCCUGAUGAGAGAACGGAAGUUUCCUUUGAGCGUUUCCGGGCAGAGGAUGUCCAGAUUGAGCUGGAUGCGGUCGAAAAGAUCAACCAGUUCUGCAAAGAAACCGGAGACAAGUAUGUGGACCCUCAAUUCCCACCAACUUCAAAGUCGCUUUAUCUCAGCGCAGAAGAUGCUGAAACCUGGCAAUGUUUGGGCUGCAAACGACAUUCUCCGCUGCCUCCGACUCCGCCGUUGCCAAAGUCACAGGAGGAAGCUAAGCAGCAGGAAGCCGACUUUGCUGAGAAAGCCAAGUGUGUCGGUUGCGGAGAACCUGCGCACUACGCGAUCAAAGUUCAUUUCUUUUCCAGACCAACACAGUGGUUGCGGCCGGGGGAACGCUGCCUAGGGUGCGAGCUCUUGUAUAGCCAUCUUCCUGCUGGCAAGGAGCUACUUCCUCGUUUGUGCCCACAUUUCUUGCGUGACUCCAUGUCCAACACAACUGUUGGGGCACCUUGGAAGCUGAUUCGAGGGGAGGCACGCACAGAGGAUGUUUGUCAGGGAGGCCUAGGCAACUGUUGGUUCGCAGGUGCUCUAAGUGUUGUGGCCACCUGCCCAAAGAUGGUGGAGAAGCUUUUCGAGACCAAGGACUUUAAUCCCAAUGGUGCGUACCUGUUGAAGCUACAUCAUGCUGGCAGCUGGAGAAGGAUUCUGAUCGACGAUCUUCUUCCCACUUCUCAGAUAUUUGAAGGCUACAUUGAUGGACAAACGAUUUACUACUCCCGAGGUGGAACACUUUGCUACCUGCAAGGAUCAAGGCGACAACUCUGGGUGCCUCUCGUUGAGAAAGCGGCCGCCAAGCUCUUCGGCAACUGGGCGGGGCUGAAGGGUGGUACCUUUGGCGAGGCCCUUGGGCUCUUCACGGGUUUUCCGACCCAAAGACUGAUGCUCUACCUUCCCAAAGAGCUUCGGCGGCGGCGAGAAGAGAGACGCAAACAGAUUGCGGAUGAGAGGACCAUGAUGUUGCUACGAGGGCUUGAGGUUCCAGACAUGGAGGAUAGUGAUGAUGACAUCGAGAAUGAUGACAUCAAGUGGUCCACAAUUCUCUCUGCCCGUGAAUGUGGGUACUUGAUGGGUAUGGGCUGCACAGAAGAAGGUUGCGAGAAGACCAAGCAUCACAUUGUAGAGGAGAUGGGACUUCAGGCACCUCAUGCUUACGGGAUCUUGGAUGCCCAAGAGAUCGAGGUCGAUGGUCGGCUGUUGCGUAUGAUGAAAAUUCGAAAUCCCUGGGGCGAACGCGCCCCACGCACUUGGAAAGGGCCUUGGGGCAAAGAUUCCGACAAGUGGACACCAGAGCUGAAAUAUCGUCUUGGAGUGGUGAAUAGCUCCAAUGUUGAGCUGGAGGAUCCAAUGUCUGUCUUUUGGAUGGACUACAAUGAUGUGAAAGAAUACUUUGGCGCGGUGGAAAUUUGCCGAGUACAUGAAGGUUGGUGUGAGAGUCGGACUCAGGUGUGGUUGCCCUCUGGAGUUGGGCCUGGUCAAGGAGUUGAUGUGACUGUCUUCCGACGGACGGCUGUUGACAUUUGUAUUUGGCAGGAAAAACACAUCGCCAGGGAGGCUGCUUUGCAUGCCAAGGCCACCAACAUUGAUGUUGGCUUCGCAGUACUGAGAAAGCUUGGUGUCUCUGAGGGGAAGGUCCAAUAUGACCUCAUUGAGAUUGUCAAGCGUGCUCGCACAGAUGAUGUCAGUUCAGAGAUGAUCUUGGAGGGCGGCUAUGUUUAUCGCAUUGUCCCAGUAUCUUACGGCAUGUCUCAAGAGUUUACACCUCGACGAGCUGUGGUUGCUGUGCAUUCGGUUCAAGCUGUGGAAACGGAGCGUGUCUCCUUGGAUUGGUCGGACACUGCAACUGCAGUGAUCGAGGGCACACGGAAAAGAGGCAAAAAGAGGCCAAUUCAGCAAGCAGCACAGGGUGUAUCGUGCUGGCUCCUUCAAGAGGAGGCAGGCAUGUCCUUUGUGGCAGAGAAUUCAUCAGACUUCCAGACAGCUCUGCAGGUUGAUGCUUCUGACAGCAUCGGAUGUGUGGCCUCUCGUGAGAGCUUCGAUGCAGUGAUUGCUCUUCCUCCGCACUCCCGACAGGUUCUGAUCGGUGUCGCCUAUGCACGCGGUGCCAUCAGGUGUGGGACUGCAAUCCAAGCAGUUGGCCUUCCCGGGGAUGCAGCAAACUUUGCCCUUCGAGGUGAAGGACUUCACAUGGACUUGCCCAUUUCUAAACCUGCAGUUCCUGCACCAGAUCAAUCUAUCCUAGACCGAGCGCCUCCUGAAAAACCAGAUCUCCAACGCAAUAUCACCAGGGGAAGCUCAAUGAGCCAGGAUGACAUGGCGACACUGCAAGCAGCCAUGGAGCUUUCAAUGCAAGCAAAGGAGGAGGACAAGACCGAAGUAGAGGAUGACCUCGCAAUGGCCAUCAAGUUGUCCAUGGACUGCAAGGCAGCGCCGCUUGCUGCUGCUCCAGCCCCGGCAGACGACAAGGCGACGCUGCAAGCUCGUGUGAAGGCACUCUUUGAGCAAUACCGCAGUUCCGGUAUGCCACCCAAUGAGGCAGCGGCCAAAGCGUUAGCCCACGCUCAGACCUUGUCCACAAGCCAUGGUUGAGUGGUUGAAGCAUCUUCAAGCCAUACUGAAGGUCAGCUGUACAAACAGAUAGCCAAGGGCAUAAGAAUAGGCCGUAGCAGGCUGCUGGUACUGUCGGCAUCAAAGAGUUUGAGCAGCAGAA